ACUGAUGUGCAGCCUUCGGGCGAUUAUGAUGGUUCGUACAUCCAGUCGAAAUCGUCGUCGCUUGGAAUUUUGACUAACGGGAUGAUGAAUGACGACUCGAGCUGCAUGCAGUCAGGCGACAAGAAGGAAGUGCAAGCAUGGUUGAAGAAUGGCGCACCUCUGAGCGAGAAGAAAAACGCAACAUUCAACGACAACAACGACGAUGACGACGAAGAUACCGUUUCAGAAGUAAAGUUUGACGACAAGGAGUUAGAUGAUCUCCUAUGCGACGACUACAGCGUGACGGGCGAAGUGAACUACGAUUCGGACUGUAGCCAAAAAUCGGUGUCGUUGACAUCCUCAAAAAACGGCUUAGCUUUGGAAACCGGCGGACCGACAAAUUUCGAUUGGAGUACUCACAAAGGUGCACUUGUUAGGAAACCGGAGUGGAUGUCGUCUCGAGAAAAUAGUUACGUAUCACCAGGAACGUUGUUGAAAAGUAAAUCCGGAGCUGUAGGUUCGCUGAGUCACUCAGAUGUUGAUCCGCCAAGUUUUGGUUUCAGUUCAGUAUCGCCUUUGCAUACUUCUUCAAACAUUUCCAGAGGAAAAGAUGAUGCUACCGGUUUAGAUAAUCUUUAUGACGUUGGUGUUAAGCCAAAGAAUGAUGCAAAUGGGCCAAAUUACUCAGGUGGACCAGGCAGCAUCGAAAGAUCACAACACGUUGAGGCCGCAACCGCGAUAAACCAACACGAGAGAGAGGGGAGAUAUUCUAACCAGCUUCAAAAGAAGAAAUCAAAGCCGACGGAGCAACAUUCAUGCUUUGAGCCCUCCAACAGCGAUGAUUUUCAAUACAGCAGUGAUCGUGAUGAGUUUUCUACCUUGGCUAUGAGUGCAUUUGACGGCCUUCUGCACGAUAUGUCAAUGAACAACAGCUCGACAUUUCUAAUGAACAAGGUUCUGAAGGCUCGGGAGCAAUAUAUUGCUCAGUCGCGGAACAUGUCCACGAGAGUCGUAGAUGCGGCGACGACUGGCCCCGCUACUUCCGUUUCCCUCAGGGAAAAAAUUCAAAGUACCUCCUUCACACCUCAGUUGCAAAAACAGAAACAACCGUUGACCACAACUGAGUCACAAUUCAAAAUUCCCGACUACCCCAAAGCCUACGGGUGCGUGGUAUCCUCAUCAUGCUACGAGAUGAAAACCGACAAGGGCCAAGGACGUGCUUCAAAUAUGGGAACCAGUGAUGAACGCAGUUCUCCGUCUUCUCAACAUUUUACUUCUGAAUUGUCAGCAAGAUCUACAAAAUCACUGCUGCUCACCAAUAAACAGGAGAUGUUCUUUGGAUGUGUAAAAGCAGGUGGCGACUCGGUCAGCCAAGUGGCGAUACUUCGCAACGGUUCAGCGACGGAAAUUCUGCAAAUAAAGAUCUUCUUGAAACAUGAUCUACCGGGUUUCAAGCUCGACAAUCUGCCAGCGUCGUCCUUUAUCCAGCUUGGUCCACAAGAAACGUUUCAUUUACGAGCGUCAUUUGAGCCACCUGCGACACAAUUCUACCAAAACAAGAUCAUGUUCUUGCCGGUGGUGUCACGGCAAAAGUUUUCAAUCCGUCUGAACGGCUUCGGCGGGUGUGCCGAUGUCAUACCACGACUGACCACACGCGGAAACUCGUUCGCCUAUGAAUUAAUGCUGACGGGCACGUUGACCAAGUUUUUUAUGAUCAAUACAGGCUCACGAGACGCAUUCGUGAAAAUCACAGCUUACUCAGAUCCGUUGUUUAAAGUUCAGUUGCCAGAAGACGUUCUCCAGCUUUACCCAUCGAACUUUGUUCUUCCGCACCUUCAGUCUAAACAAAUCACCUGUAGCUCAAGUAACCCAACUAUCACCGACGUUGUUGCCUUUCUGCGCAUAUAUUGGGGCGAAGAAAUUAUGCGUCGACGAUUUAAAAAACAUGGAAAAUCCUUACCUGCUGCCGCCAUGGUUCAUGACGAAGAUUUCAACGUUCCUUUUGACGGCGAAGAAAACGUUGUGCCAGAAUAUGGCUGCGGCAUUCUGGAGCACGAGGAACGUAUGUUUGCUGGUAGCAUACGGACGAUAGAGGUGAUAGUUAUGAACAGCAUUCCCAAAUUUGGCGAUGCCGACAGCACAGUUUUUCUACCGGUUGGAUAUGACGAGACGACAUGCGUGGAAAGCAGAGUUUUUGGCGGAAGCAUCAUCACGAUUUACCCGGAGGUUCUGGAGUUCGGCGAAGUUGCCGUCGGAUGCACUAAAAGCAUGAAGAUUGAGAUACGCAAUCUUUCCGAUAAAGAUGAGCUGAUACAAAUGAGUAUCGAAGACGGACCAUACUCUCUGAAGUGCACUAGCUACAAUCUGAAGUACCGUUAA